UUUUGUACGUUUGGGUGGUUAAUGCGAAACUAACAUUAAAUAACGCUUUAACCCUAUAAAUGCAGAACUGUAAACAUUAUUAUGACGGUAAUGUGAUGACUGCUCAUAAGACAUCAUAAAAAGUUUUAUAUUUUAAUUUUAAAUUGAGAUAAAUAUGCUGUAAAUUUUAGGAAUUGAUUUACAUAAAAAUGAUGAGAAAUCCUGAUGAUGUAGCAUUACACUUCUCAGAUGAUGCAAAUGCUCUAACCAGAAAGCACCCAUUAGCUGUACUCUUCCACCUAGCAUUUCGAUCUUUAGCUCUUAUUACUUAUUUGUUGUGUGGAUGGUUCAGCAACAGUUUCAUAUCAAGUUUUGUGUCCAUUGUGUUAUUUCUGUCUCUUGAUUUUUGGACUGUCAAAAACAUAACUGGGCGACUUCUUGUUGGUUUACGAUGGUGGAAUUAUGUUGAUGAUGAAGGCAAAAGCCAUUGGGUAUUUGAAUCCAGAAAAGCUGAAGAGGCAUCUCUUACUGAUGCAGCAGAAGCACAAGUAUUUUGGUUGGGCCUGAUUAUAUGCCCAGUUAUAUGGACAAUUCUCCUCUUCAUUAGUUUUUUCAGAUUAAAUGUCAAAUGGUUUGUUGUUGUUAUUGUUGCACUUGUUUUGAAUGGAGCAAAUUUAUAUGGUUAUCUAAGAUGCAGAGUAGGUGGCAAUGAAUCAUUUGGUACAGUUGUCUCAAAUAUGAUGGGAAGACAAGUUAUUUCUAAUAUGUUUAACUCGUUUCGGAAAAAACCUGAACAAGCAGCACCGCCCAAUAGGGGUUUCACCAAUACUGUGUGAAAAUCAUUCCAUAUAUAUGUUGAGCUACACCGUUUUUUUAUUAUUGUGUCAUAACUUUACAUUUUAACUUCAGAAAAGGCUCUGAAAAGUAUUGAACUAUUUAUAUUAACUAAUAAUAUUUUUCUAUUUAAUUACAAAAUAAGUUGUUUAUUUCUACCUUUAAUAAAUUACUUGUAAUAUUAUUAACUAGUCCUUACUGAAAACAACUUAUUUCUUUACUUCCUAAUUUAUAUUCAUAUGUUUAAUAACUUGCCUUAUUUUUUAAUGUAUUUAUUAGGUUUAAUAUUGGGUUUUUGCAAAAUUAAUUUCAUUUUUACUUUUUCCCAUAUAUAUAUAUCAAGAAAUACACUUUCAUUUAAACAUAAUAAGAAAACCACUUGAAAAAUAAUGUAUUUAAUAUGUUCAAUAUUAAAGGGCAAAUUCUAUUUGGUAUGUAAGUCAUUUCCUGAAAAUAUCUCAAAUUAAAUCUAUUAAAAAUUAUAUACAGACCAAUCCAGUUUUGUGAUUUUUACCAGACUCUUUCCUUCUUCUAGAACUUAUCAACUAUACUCUUCUAACCUCAAUUUCUCUUGUUUUCCCUUUAGUAGUCAUGUUGAUAACUUUUUGUUAUGUUUAUCUUAUUCUCUCUAACUUUAAUUAUUUCUAAUUUUUACAAAUAUAUGAAAUGCAGAAAGAAAAAAAUAUAUUAUUUGGUAUGAGAAGAAAAAAUUUGCUAAUACUUUUUUUCUCUUCCUUUUUUGCUCCUAAACUAAACCAGGUGCCUGCAUACCAUUGUUUAGGAUUGUGAUUGGGUUUUUUAACUAAUACUCUAAUCUUUGCUUACAAGUUCUUAAGAAAAUAAACAAAACAAAAAAUUGUGUAAUAAAAUUUUUUAUUUAGAAAGUAUUUUAAGCAAACAUGCUUUCUAUGUGAAACUGCAAACUAUAAUAAAGUCAAAAAUUUUAAUUUUGGAAGAAGCUGGAAUGUAUUUUUACCAUCUGGACUGUAGAUUGACAUACAAACUGUUAAGAAAACCCAUCUUAAACAUUGCAAUGAACAUAAAAGAAUAAUUAAAAUGACCUUUGUAAUAACUCACUAUUUUGCCCUACGCACUUUAAACUUGUAAAAAGAAAAGAAAAAUAUGAAACGUGAAAAGUUGUUGCUUAAAGGUUUUAAGAGUUAUAGUAUUCUAAGCGUGUGGUAAUCUAUUUAUUUUAUAUGUCAAACAUUUUUUUGAAAUUAUUACCUGAUGUUUAUGACUCUUGUGUGUAUAAAGUUUGUAUUUGAAAUAAAAGUGUUUUAUGAUAUUUAA